UCGUCAACCUCAGGACCAUCACCGUCCAACGAGGAUGGGGUCAACAGAACCUGAAGCCUGGUGGACGUAUGUCAUGAGGGGGCGAGACGGGUGUGGCGUCGAAGGCAAUGGGAAAGUUUCGCGCGCAAUCUCCAGCAGCAAUCUGACCUUCUCCCUAUCUAACGGAUUGGCUUUCGUCGAGACGGAGGAUUCGACGGGUGAUUGGUCCGGGUGUGGUGCGGAUGGGGAUGCAUUUUGUGUUCUAGAUGGCUGGCUGUAUUCGAAUGAUACGUGGCAGAGCCCGCGCCCUUCACUGUACGUUGCGGGUGGUGGGCGUGUGACGAGGAGGAGGCGUUGGUGGAGGUGGGUGUGGUUUGAUGCGUCAAGAGCGGUUUACUUGCCUUGAUUAUCGUUAUAGUCCAGGCAUGUAAUGUAAGUACUCCCGUGUUACUAAAUUGGGUUUUAGCUC